AUGGGUUUGGGAUUCACGGCUCCGUACAAGGACAACAACCAUGGCGUUCCUCACUACAUGGGCCUCAGCGGCAAGGCGCUGUCUCUCGCGGUUUCCAUCGUAGCGACGAAUGGCUUCCUUCUCUUUGGGUACGAUCAGGGUGUAAUGUCUGGAAUUAUCACCGGAGCGGACUUCAACAAUGCUUUUCCCGAGACGAAGGAUGAUUCGACUUGGCAAGGCUUCGUUACUGCUAUCUACGAGAUUGGAUGUCUUGUUGGUGCACUGAUUCAGCUGGCAUACGGUGACAAGUUCGGUCGACGAAGAGCGAUCAUUCUGGGCGGGUUCAUCAUGAUUAUCGGCGUCAUAAUCCAGAUCUCGGCUGUUCCAAUUGGCGCAGGAGCGACUGCCCAAUUUAUCAUUGGUCGGACUAUCACUGGUGUGUAUACUCAGAAAAGAACCUCGUCCAGAAAUAUUGUGCUGACAGUUCACCAGGUCUUGGAAACGGAAUCAACACUUCAACGAUCCCAACGUAUCAAGCCGAAUGCUCGCACUCGACCAACCGGGGUCUACUCAUCUGUAUUGAAGGUGGCACAGUGGCUAUUGGCACCGUCAUCGCCUACUGGAUCGAUUUCGGUGCCAGCUACGGACCACCAGAUCUCACAUGGCGUUUCCCCAUCUCGUUCCAGAUCGUCUUCGGUCUCUUCCUCUCCGUUAUGAUGUUUUGGCUCCCCGAAUCGCCUCGAUGGCUGCUCACCCGCGACCGACACGAGGAGGCCAUGACUGUCAUUGCUGGUCUACGUGGCCAGACUCGCGAUUCCGAGGAGGUGAAGCUCCAGGCUCAGCUCAUCAACGAGUCGAUCCGAGCUUCUGGCCAUGUCGGCGGCAACACGCCCAUGAGCGCUCUAUUCACAGGUGGCAAGACUCAGCACUUCCGACGUAUGGUCCUCGGUGCUUCUUCGCAAUUUUUCCAGCAGGUUGGGGGCUGCAACGCCGUCAUAUAUUAUCUGCCAAUUCUCUUCCAGAAGAGUGUCGGUCAGCCACGCACUUUGGCCCUUAUCCUUUCCGGUGUUAACAUGAUUGUCUACGCCCUCUUCGCUACGACUUCCUGGUUUGUCAUCGAGAGAGUUGGACGACGAAAGCUGUUCCUCAUCGGUACCGUUGGCCAAUGCUUGUCUAUGGUCCUCGCUUUCGCCUGUCUCAUUCCGGGACAGCUUAACCCGGCCAACACGGAGCCUGCAAAGGGCGCUGUUGUGGGAUUCUUUCUCUUCAUUGCCUUCUUCGGCGCUACCUGGUUGCCUCUACCCUGGCUGUAUCCUGUCAGUCUCAAGCGAUGACAUCCCUUCAUGAUUGAGACAUGCGCUGACCUUCAAUUUUUUAGGCCGAAGUAAACCCGAUCAAGACUCGUGCCAAGGCCAACGCGAUCAGCACCAGCACCAACUGGCUGGUCAGUAUCUCCCAACCCCACUGCCAACUCUUUAUUGACAUCACAUUAGUUCAAUUUCCUCAUCGUCAUGAUCACUCCCGUCAUGAUUUCUGGUAUCGGCUGGGGUACCUAUCUCUUCUUCGCUGCCGCAAACGCUUGCUUCUUUCCAUUCAUCUACUUCUUCUACAUCGAAACCGCCAAUCGCUCCCUGGAAGAGGUCGAUCUCAUCUUCGCAAAGGGCUACCUCGAAAAGAUGUCCUAUGUCCAGGCUUCCAAGGAAUUGCCAUUCCUCACCGACGAGGAGAUCGAUGCCAAGGCCCGCGAAUAUGGUUUCGCUAGCAGCGAUGACGAGGCUGGAUUUGAGAAGGUGAAGUUCGACGAGAAGGAAAAGGACACCGGUCACCGCUAUUCCGGCGGCGGCGAGGGUGAGAUUGCGUAA